CCUUCAACAGCAACGUCCCUCUUCUCGUUCCCAGCGCCUCCCUCCUCUUCUCGUCCCCCUUCCUCCCCCUCCCCUCCUCCUCCUUCCUCCUCCUCCCCCUCCCCCCCCUCCCUCCCCUUCAUCUUCUCCGGCUCUGCGUCCCCCGGCUCUGACGCCCCCCCAACCAGCCCCUCCCCCUUGCGUCUCACGCCUCCCAUCCCUGCUGCCACUGAUGGCACUAGCAGCGAUGGUAGUACUACCAACCCGUCAGGCUCUGGGGAGUACUCUCUUCUUUCCACUGGCGCGGCCUUCUUCCCUUUGCCGGUGGACCUUCUCUCCGUCUCCCCCCCUCCCCCUUCCUCCUCCGCCACCUCCUCUUCUUGCUCGUCGAAAUCCUUCCUCUCGUCCUUCAUAUUCACAGCACUCCCUACACCCCCCUCCUCCUCCUCCUCCUCCUCCUCCUCCUCCUCCUCCUCCGCUCCCGCCCCUGUCCCCUCCGGUGCACUUUCCUUCACUCUCUCCUCCACCCCCGCUGCUGGAUCCGGGGCGUCCUCUCUCGGAUUCGCACGCAUGUGCCACGGUCCACGCCCUGCACCGCCCUAUCCAUCCUCCCCUGCUCCACCCCCCCCUCCUCCUCCUCUUCCCCUCCCCCCGCUCUCCCAUAUCUCCCGCCGGGGAAUGUGUCCGUGAUGCCAUGUCUCCCAAGCGUUGCUGUCCUUCUGAAUAGCUGGCAGGACAAGUCCCUCGGUGCUGUCAGCAGCAGCAGCAGCAGUGGUGCUAGUGGUGGCAGUGCUAGUACAUUGGAUACGGGUGCGCAAGAGUCAGUGGGCCUGGCUUUCAAUUUCGACGCCAACCCUGUCUUUUCAGCCCCCACUGCUGACCUGCUAGCUGCUGCUGGUGCUGCUGGUGCUGUGAGCAGCACCACAUUGCUUGACGGCCAACCACACACAGUCACAGUCGAGUAUUGUGCGCCCACGCGCACUCUCUCCGUCGCCCUCUUCUCUCUCCCUGCUCCCUCCGACCCCUCCGCGUCUCCUGAAGGCUCCACUGAUCCUCUUGCCUCCUGCCCUCUCUCCCAGUAUAUCUCCUCUACCAGUAGCAGCAGCAGCAGCACAGGGGGCGUGUUCCAGGCGCCCCUGGACCUCUGUACUGCCCUGUGGCUUGGCUCUGGCAGCAGCGGUAGUGUAAGCAGUGGCAUGUGGCCGUUGUACGUUGGUCUGGCGGCAACAACAGUGGGAUUGGAGUAUCAAGUAUCCCAGUGGAGCUUCCAAGCCUUUCCGCAGCAGCAAGCUCCCCCUCCAGGCGCCCCCACUCCAGCAGCCACACCAGGGAGUGCGAUCAGCAACGGGGGGUUUGAGUCUGUGCUGCUGCGCCCCUCACACACUCUCUCCGCCCCGGACUCCACCUCCCUUCCUUACUGGCGCCUCACUCAGGGGAACGUGUCCGUCCUAGUACAGCCUUCUUCCUCCUCCUCCUCUUCCUCCUCCUCCACCCCUUCUGCUGGUUGGCUCCCAGUGGCCGGCAUUCCCCUCCGCCCCCUCAUCGGCACAACAAGCCUCGUUCUCCUCAGCUGCCCGAAUAUCUAUUUCCCCGGGCAGGCCUGGCCCGGGGCAGAGUGCACGUCGGGCAGCAUAGAGCAGCAAGUGGCAGUUGUGUCGGGGCAGCAGUAUAACCUGUCUCUAUUGGUGUUUGGCACUCCCGGAUCGUCUCUCCAGGUGCAAGUGGGGGGGGUGUCAGGAGGAGUUGCAGGGGGAGAGAGUGUCUUGUCUGAAACGCUCACCCUUCAAUGCUCAGACACUGCCAUCUCCUCUCCAUCCUCCUCCUCCUCCUCCUCCUCCUCCUCCUCCUCCUCCUCCUCCUCCUCCUCCCCUCCCGCUCCCUCUACAGUGUGUAAUGCCUCCACAUUAGUUUACAUCCAGGUCUCUCGCGCUCUCACUCCCUCCUCCACGCUAGCCACACUCACUCUCACACCUCUCCCACCGCCGGCAGCCCCUGCGGCUGCCACAGCAGCAGCAGGCGAGGGCGGAGGCAGCAGCAGCGUCAGCAGUAGCAGCACAAGCGCGUUCUUUGUUGCAGUUGACGGUGUCUCCCUCCUGCUCGUGUCAGCAAACACCAACGCUCCAGGAGACACGCAAGGGGGGGGGGAAGCAGGCACAGGGGGAGCAGCAGCAGCUACACCAGGAGCAUCAGGGUCAGGUGGAGGGGGGGAGAGCAGUGGGGGCGGGGGUGGGGGUGGGGGAGGGGGAGGGGGAAUGAGCCCAUGGGCGAUUGGAGUCAUUAUACUUGCAGCCCUCUUUGCUUCCUCCUGCAUUGGCUGCAUCUACUUCUGCAUCCAGGCCCGUCGCAACGCCCACAUCAAGACCUGGGAAGAUGCAGGCAUCGGUCAAACCAAGCCUUUCCAGGUGUUCAAACUAGCGGAGCUCCAGAGAGCAACGGACAACUUCGCCCCGCGCCUGCUGCUCCCUGACGGCGCUUCUCCUGCUGAUAGCACGCCAACUACUCCCACUGGUGCGGCGGCGGCGGCCGCUGCAGCGGCGGCUGCUGCAGCGGUUGGGGGUGUGGCUGCUGCUACUGUUGGUGCUGUUGCUGGUGCUGGUGGCAGUGCUGGUGCUGGUGGUAGCACGACUGCCCGUACGCCCAGAGGCAACACGGACAGCAGCAGCAGCCGACCCAGCACUGCUGAUACUGCUGAUGGCGCUGCUACUGCCGCCGCUGCUGCUGGUGGUCGAGAGGCAUUUGUGAUCGGCGGUGGUGCAGGGGUCGGGGGCACAGGGGGUGCAUAUGGAGACAUGUACACGGGUAGAGGCCCCUCGGGGCAGAUAUGGGCGGUGAAGCGAUACAAGCAGGUGGAGUGGGUGGACAGGAGGGGAGGGCGAGGGGGAGGGAGAGCAGGAGGGAGAUGGACUAGAGGGGCAAGAACGGCAAGAGGAGGAGGAGAAGGAGAGGCGGACGAAGAAUCACAGCAGAUUCAGCAGCAGCAGCAGCAGGGGGAGCAGCAGCAGCAGCAGCAGCAGCAGCAGCAGCAGCAGCAGCAGCAGCAGCAGGAGCGAGCAUCCAUCUCGUUCCUGGACGAGGUGCGGCUAGUCUCCACCGCACAGCACAAGAGCAUAGUGCGCAUCUACGGCGCGUGCCACGAGGGGCUCGAGCGCCUAGUAGUAUACGAGCACCUGCCCCCGCGCUCGUCGCUCUUCCACCGCCUGCACCGCUGCAGGGAGGACGUGCUGGGUCUGGAGCAGCGGCUGAGAGUGGCUGUGGCCGUGGCGGAGGGCCUCUGCUUCCUGCACUCGCAGCGGCCGCCUAUCGUGCACCGGAAUUUGAAACCGGCAAACAUCAUGGUUGGGGUGUCGGGCAUGCAGGCGAAGCUAGCGGAUUUCUGCUUCGCGCGGCUGUCCAGUGAGCGGCGGGGCAGUGUGGUGCCGCGGCGGGCGCAGGAGGAGGGGUAUGUGGACCCCGAGAUCGUGCUCAUGCCCAACCAGGAGCCGCACACCAAGUCAGACGUCUUCAGCUUCGGCGUGGUGCUGCUGGAGCUGCUCACGGGGCGGCUGGCCAUCAUGCCUGACCCUGACGACCCCAACCAGCGACUCAACAUCACGGACUGGGCCGUGCAUUACAUCAGCGAGCGGGAGGUGCAUCUGAUCACCGACCCGCGCAUCGCCACCCCGUCCCACCAAGAGGCCUUCCAGUCCCUCGGCCAGCUCGCAGUGGACUGCCUCAAGAUGCCCUCCCUGCGCCGCCCCGACAUGCCCACUGUCCUCCGCCGUCUGCUGGUGAUCGUCAAGCGCCGGUUCGGACUCCGGGGAAACCCUGCUCCCGACCCCUGCUUCAGCGGGUUUCAGGCAGAUACGGUGGGUGCAGGAGGUGCUGGUGCUGCCGCUGGAGCGUAUUUCUACAGUGGAGAGAUGCUGAACAGCCAGGACUUAAACGAGGCGUUCUAUAGCGGGGAGAUGAGCGGGGAUCUGAGCGGCGAGUAUGUGAAGAGCCGGGAGCAUGCCUUUGGUACUGCUGGCAGCAGUGGUGGCUCUGGUGCGCCUAUUCCUGGUCUCUCUGGGGAGCUGGUUAGCAGGAGAGGGCUCAGAAGAGCUAUCAAUGCGGCAGAGGGGAGUGCUGCUGCUGUUGCAGGGUCAGCUAUAAGUGAGGGGGGAGAGGGGGGAGAGGGGGGAGGGGAUGGGAGCAGAAGCAGAGGGAGCAGCCGCGGGGGGAGCGAUGGGGGCAGCAGUAGGAAGUCUGGCAGCGGCAGUGGUGGUGGUGGUGGUGGUCUUGGAGCGACAGCAGCAGCGCCUGUCUCUGCUCCUGCCCCUGCAGCAGCUGCAGUUGCAGCAGCAGCAGCAGCACUGGCAGCAGCAUCUUCAUCGUCGUCAGCAGCGGCUGCGGCAGCAGCUGCAGCAGAGGAGGGUGAGGAGAACGCAGGGGAGGUGACAAGUGGCAUGGAGCGGUGUGGAUCCGCCAAGUCAUGUGGCUCCAGCAGAUCUACCCGGUCACACCAGUCAAACAGGUCAAACCGGUCAGUUCACUCUAACAAUUCUGGCCAUGCCAGCAAGAGGCCUGGCUAUGUAGGUACCGUCCAAGUUGCAAGGGGGGAGGAUCUGGAGGGCGUGGGAGAGGGGUCUGACCAAGAACGGGUGGCUCUGGUGGCGAAGAAUGAGGCAGGGGAGGUGGAGGAGAGAGGGACAGGGGAGAUAGGCGAGCACUCGGAUGGUAGUGCUGAUCGUGAUGAUGGUGAUGGUGAGGAGGAGGAGUAUGAUUCUGCAACUUCCGCGUCGCUUCCUCCGUCUGUGGGGUCUCGAGCGUCCACCUCUGCAGGGCAACGAGUUAGGGGCCUUGCUGGCGCUGCUGCCCUGGCACCCUCACCACUGUCAGCACCACAACAUGCACCCGCACUAUCGCCGGCGGCACUGCCAACAGCAGCAGCAGCAGCACUGCCGGACGAGGCAGCGGCAGAAGCUGCAGGGCCAACGCUUGCAGCAGCGACGGCGGCAGCAACAGCAGCAGCAGGAAUGAGCUCAGAUCAAGAAGACUACGACGAUUAUAAUCAGAAGUAUAAUUAUGAUGAAUUAUACAACCCUCGAGUGGUGAGCGGGGAGAUUGCAGGGCCGGUGGGGUUCACGCCUUCCUUUGAACCCAUAGCAGGCAGUGCGGAGUACGCAGGGGUGCGGCAUUCUGGGGAGCUGCGGUCUGGGGAGUUGUAUGGUGGGGUGAGCAAUAGCGGGGAGAUUCCUUUCAGCUUUGGUAUGAGCGCAUUGCAUGGUGUGAAGGAAGGUUUGAAAGAAGGGCAAGGAGAAUGAGCUGGUAUAGCAUGCAUGCUAAAGCCGGUGGCUUGGAGACAUGUGUGUUUGGCUCUUCACCAAUGCAGUUUUUGCUCCCCAACAGUUUGGGACGGUUAGGGUACCCAUCGUUUGUGCUAAUGUGCUUGUCAUCUUGGUAUGUGGUUAAUAGUUGUUAGUGGUAAUCGUUUCGUACGCAUGAUUCAUGGUUGACAGGCAUAUCCGAUGAGAAACUAGACUAUUCCUAUUAAACUGAAAGUUGUGUG